AUGGACGUAAGCCUGCACGACUCGAAAAAAGCCCGAAAAAUUGCUGCAGCUGUUUCGUUAUUGAAACAGCAAGAAAUGGCUAUUUUAGCUGUCACACGACCAUAUGAAAAUCCAAUGGAGGUUCUGAACGUUAUCAGAAAGGAUCAGUUUGAUCUUUUCUUGAAAACGGUCAACCUGUCAUUGAGCACAAACCAGACGGAAGCUACCGUUUGUCGCGUUGUCAACGAAACAAUGUACGAUAUCCUGGCUACAGCUAACACGUACAUUAAAUUCCCCUCGACAAUCCAAGAAAUUGAGGCGCUGGAAAAUGGCUUUUCUGCAAAAACCGAUUAUUUGGGAAACAAUAGGAAGAUCCCUUGUUUUGGAUGCUUUGACGGAAAACACUGGGCUACGGAACAUCCACCGAACUCUGGAAGCGUUAACAACGACGCACAAUUAACGAAGGAAGGACCGUUGCCGGGGAUGUUGGAGGAGGUUCGCGGGUAUGCAGACUGCCGCCUUCUCGAUGAUGACAUCACUGUUAUGCCUCGUUUCCUUCUGGCCGAUAAUGGCUUCAAACUAACAAAAUCGGUGAUGGAACCAUAUCGGAAGACGCAACUGACUACUGAAAACGUCCUCUUCAACAAAAAAUUGAGCGCAGUUCGAGUUCGAACCGAGAACUUGUUUGGAGUGCUCACUUCGAAGUUCCAGGUUUUCGACAGAUCUCUGAAGUUGGCUCCUGAGAACGCCCAAGCUCUUAUUGUUGCCUUGAUGAUCGUGCACAAUGUUCAACUAGGUCCACUUCUUGUUGACAAUAGUCAGCCUUCAGUUGUAGCAUAUCCCGACCCGUAUAAGACUCCUGAAGAGAUGAGAACCGCGCUGAAAAAUUAUGUGUUGAACAAUUAG